AUGGAGCACUUCCUCAGGAGGCGGCUGACCUUCCUGUCCUUCUUCUGGGACAAGAUCUGGCCAGCGGGCGGCGAGCCAGACCACGGCACCCCCGGGUCCCUGGACCCCGACGCCAAACCAGUGCCCGCGCUCCCCGCCGAGCCUUGCAGCCCCUUCCCUCAGCUCUUCCUUGCGCUCUAUGACUUCACGGCGCGGUGUGGCGGGGAGCUGAGUGUCCGCCGCGGGGACAGGCUCUGCGCCCUCGAGGAGGGGGGCGGCUACAUCUUCACGCGCAGGCUCUCAGGCCAGCCCAGCGCCGGGCUCGUGCCCAUCACCCACGUGGCCAAGGCCUCUCCUGAGACGCUCUCAGACCAACCCUGGUACUUUAGCGGGGUCAGCCGGACCCAGGCACAGCAGCUGCUCCUCUCCCCACCCAACGAACCAGGGGCCUUCCUCAUCCGGCCCAGCGAGAGCAGCCUCGGGGGCUACUCACUGUCAGUCAGGGCCCAGGCCAAGCUCUGCCACUACCGGGUCUCCAUGGCAGCUGACGGCAGCCUGUACCUGCAGAAGGGAUGGCUCUUUCCCGGCCUGGAGGGGCUGCUCACCUACUACAGGGCCAACUGGAAGCUGAUCCAGAACCCCCUGCUGCAGCCCUGCGUGCCCCAGAAGGCCCCUCGGCAGGAUGCAUGGGAGCGGCCACACUCCGAAUUCGCCCUUGGGAGGAAGCUGGGUGAAGGCUACUUUGGGGAGGUGUGGGAAGGCCUGUGGCUGGGCUCCCUGCCCGUGGCGAUCAAGGUCAUCAAGUCAGCUGACAUGAAGCUCACUGACCUCGCCAAGGAGAUCCAGACGCUGAAGGGCCUGCGGCACGAGCGGCUCAUCCAGCUGCAUGCAGUGUGCUCGGGCGGGGAGCCUGUGUACAUCAUCACGGAGCUCAUGCGCAAGGGAAACCUGCAAGUCUUCCUGAGCAGCCCCGAGGGCCAGGCCCUGCGUCUGCCGCUGCUCCUGCACUUUGCCUGCCAGGUGGCUGAGGGCAUGAACUACCUGGAGGAGCAGCACAUCGUGCACCGGGACUUGGCAGCCAGGAACGUGCUCGUGGACGAUGGCCUGGCCUGCAAGGUGGCUGACUUUGGCCUGGCCCGGCUGCUCAAGGACGACAUCUACUCCCCAAGCAGCAGCUCCAAGAUCCCGGUCAAGUGGACAGCGCCUGAGGUGGCCAAUUAUUGCGUCUUCUCCCAGAAGUCGGACGUCUGGUCCUUCGGCAUUCUGCUGUACGAGGUUUUCACCUAUGGCCAGUGUCCCUACAAAGGGAUGACCAACCACGAGACGCUGCAGCAGAUCAUGCGAGGGUACCCUGCCUGCCCGGCGGAGGCCUAUGUGCUCAUGCUGGAGUGCUGGAGGAGCAGCCCCGAGGAACGGCCUCCCUUCGCCACGCUGCAGGAGAAGCUGCAUGCCAUCCACAGAUGCCACCCCUGAGUCCUCACGUGACCCAAGGCUCCACGCUCCAGCCAGGCCAGCCCCUCCUCCCUGCAGAGCGUCAA